UGCAGCAUAGACCGAUCUUGAUUUCUGUUUGUCAUGCUGCUCUCAUUCAGGACAGUAUGGUUUAAGUGCUGCCAGGACAGCCCUUAUGUUUAAGUUAACUUUUGCACAAAGGGUUUCAUAUCUUCUGGAUUAAUGUGACUACAGCAAACCUGACGAAAAACAUAUUCCAUUUGUGAGAUACUGGUUCCUAAUAUAUCAAGAUGGGUUCUAUUGCUGUACCUGAGACUUUCACCAUCCCAUCCACCAACAAUGAAUCUAAUAAGCCUACCUGUGACACUCUAUAUGCCCACAGGGCCUAUGCCAGGGUCCUCAUGCCUCUUUUCUAUAGCACUGUGUUCUUGGUGGGGCUGCUCGGAAACUGCCUCGCCCUCCAUGUAAUCCGUCCCAAUCUGAAAAAGAUCAACUCCACUACCUUAUACUCCUUAAACCUGGUCAUCUCUGACAUCCUCUUCACCCUCUCUCUGCCUGCGAGGAUUGUCUACUAUGCUCUGGGCUUCCACUGGCCUCUGGGCGAGGCGCUGUGCAAGAUUUCGGGCCUCAUCUUUUAUGUCAACACCUACGCGGGGGUCAAUUUCAUGACGUGUCUCAGUAUAGACCGUUUCAUCGCCGUGGUCCUGCCUCUGCGCUUUGGCCGAUUCAGGAAGGUCAGUAACGUGCGCUACAUUUGUGUUGGUGUGUGGCUGCUGGUGCUGGCACAGACCCUUCCCCUUGUGGGCAUGCCUAUGACCAACACGGAACCUGAUGGCUUCAUCACCUGUAUGGAAUACCCCAACUUUGAAACGGUCAACCACAUUGCCAAUAUAUUGAUUGGCGCCGUCUUCCUUGGUUAUAUCGUGCCUUUGGUGACCAUCCUUUUGUGUUACUCUGUCUUGUGCUCCAAACUCCACUUCACAGCCAAGAGCAACCAUCUGACAGAUAAGUCUGGCCGGAGCCGCAAGGCCAUCGGUGUGAUCUGCUGCGUAUCCCUAGUGUUUAUUAUCUGUUUCAGCCCCUAUCACAUUGACCUCCUGCAGUACAUGAUCCGCAAGCUGGUGUUCAGCCCUGAUUGCGCUGAUCUCACGGCCUUUCAGGUGUCACUGCACAUCACUGUGUGUCUGAUGAACUUCAACUCCUGUUUGGAUCCUUUUAUCUACUUCUUUGCCUGUAAGGGCUACAAGAGGAAACUUCGGAAGCUGCUGAAGCUACAGGUCAGCAUGUCCUUCUCCAGUGCAGUGAGGACGUCACCUGAAGGCUCCUCCAAGGAUGUCAUGGAUGGCAACAAGAUCAAACUUAACAGUUACAUGUUAGAAGAUGCAACCAGCGCGAGACUCACAGACAAGAGAUAUCACCGAGAAGAGUAAAUGAGUAAAACGAACUAAGGCACCAAGAGUUACACAAGAUGAGAGGAUUUUUUAAGCAUUGGCCUACUUUACUCAAGACUGGUCAAAUUGUGUCCCAAACAAACAGUUUCGAAACACUGAAAUGGACUCAUCUAUGCGAUCAGGGACUUUAAGCAGCUACACAGCAUCCAAAGACAUAGAAAUACAGUUCAUUUUUAUAUUUUUACCAUAUUACAUAAGAGAGGUUUUCUAAAAGAGCAUCUAAAAAAUUACUCAGAAUCUCAAGAAGGAAAAUCGAGCAUGUCCUGUGUUUACAUAUUUCUCAGGAAAGCAGAGUUUACUGAAGCAAGGAAAUAAAGGAUACCUUUACAUAAAGCAUGCUUGUCUCCUGCAUAUAGACUGAGCAUGUUGGAAGUGGACAGUCGAGUUGACAUAAAUUCCUACUUGCAUUCAAAUUUCUAUGGACUU